AUGCAUCAUGUUCUGACCAUCCCGGAGCUCGUCCGCGUGAUAGUUGACGAGGCUGGCUAUGGCUUGUUGUGUCCGAAUGCACCGACGCUCGUCGCGCUCGCGCUAACAUGCCGCGGUUUUCUCGAACCAGCCUUGGACGUCCUAUGGUCGAAGCAGUAUCGCUUGGACAAUCUUGUCAAGUGCUUACCGGAAGCUAUAUGGAUUAUUCCCAGUGGUUCCCCCAAGACUCUUACGCUCAGUGAACCUACCAGACCAACCACGCAGCAGGACUGGGACCGCUUCGACUUCUACGCUAAGCGGAUCAGAGCACUCGAGUUUGACUCACUUUUCCUACAUAAAACGGGAACUCGCACUCUCUCCAAGAGCCUGUUUCGCUGGCUGUUCUCGUCAAGGCCGUCCUAUCAUCCCCUUCCGACUCUCACCUCUCUCAUCUGGCAUGGUGCAGAGAGCUCCGAAAUUCGUGACUAUGCACAUUUGCUCUUCGGAAGACAGCUCUCUAGGUUAUCCAUCGACACAUGUUCGUCCAUGGACUCCAAUUCCCAAACAUCUGAAGUUCCAGCGUUGCUCCAUCUCCCCGAGCGUUCGCCGGACAUCCAAGAAUUGCGACUUACCACGAGACGGGGCUUUAGUGUGCAACCUAUCACCGGCAAGUUUUUUGCAUCUCUGAAGCGGCUGAAGUUCCUCACAAUGGAGUCCACCAUGACUGAGAUACCCGACAUCCUCAUUGGGCUUUCCACCUUACAAAACCUUACGACAGUCUCGCUUGAGCUUUCCGGCCGGCAUCGAGUCGGGACAAGUCAGAAGGAUGAAGAUCGUACCGGCUCAGGCGUUGUCUUCCGUACUCUCACAAAGCUAACCCUGCGGACUGCUACCAUGUCCGAUGCCAAUGACAUCCUCAAGACUUGUCGCUGUCCCCAGCUCCAACUCAUAAACGUGCACGGAGGCACAGCGCAAAGCGCGGAUCUGGAGGCCUUGAACACCAUGAUCCGGCUCAUCAACAAGCACUGUGUACCUACAGUGUUAGAGGCAAUCGAGAUAUCAGCCGGUGAAGCUGACGAGGGUACACAAGUGGUACAGCACAUCACCGCGGCGUCCUUAAGGCCUCUUUACGACUUCCACCGCUUGCGCAGCCUCCACGUCAUUUCUGGAGCAGAUAUGUAUAUCAUCCUCGACGACGAUUCAAUUGAGGAGAUGGCUAGGUCAUGGCCUCGCAUCGAGUCUCUGGCGUUAUGGAGCGACGCCGCAACCCCGUGGACGACUCAAACAGCGAUGACCCUGGAGGGCCUGGUACAUCUCGCUCGAUAUUGCCCUUCGCUGGAGACGCUCCAAAUCGAUGUCAACACGACUGGUACCACUGUCUCGCCUCUAGCGAAGCCCGGCGGUGGCCAUUACAAUCGAGUUCUCCGGGAAUUGCUUGCCCCUCGGUCGCACGCGUCGGGUGAGCCUGCGUACAUAGCGGCUUUCCUAUAUGCGAUAUUUCCCAACCUGGAGUGCAUCAACCAAGGCGAAGACACUGAUCAGGUGGGAGAAGUUAGACUGUGA